AUUGUCGUAAACUGUGUCUGCAUAAAGGAGCAGAUAUACAUUUGACGUUUGGAGCGUGACAGAGAGAUAAUAACAAUCCCGUUCAUAAAUGGCUCUGUUAUUCACGAGCAUGUGGGACUCGACGAUGUUUUUGAGCACGUUGACGCCAAAAUUUUACGUCGCUCUUACCGGAACCUCGUCUCUUAUAUCCGGAUUGAUACUGAUAUUCGAGUGGUGGUAUUUUCGCAAAUACGGUACGUCCUUCAUCGAGCAAGUAUCGCUGAACCACAUAUCACCAUGGAUAGGUGGCGGAGAUACAGCGAGCGAUGGCAACAGUCCGAAUACGAAUGGCUCUAGCAUGUCGAACCAGCAAAACGUGCCCGAAUGCAAGGUCUGGCGCAACCCGAUAAACCUGUUCCGUGGUGCGGAGUACCAAAGAUUUUAUUGGGCAACCAACAAGGAACCACUGACAUAUUAUGACAUGAAUCUUUCGGCGCAGGAUCAUCAGACGUUUUUUACCUGCGAAGGCGACACCGGUAAGGCAGAGUACGAAAUAAUGCAAACUGCUUGGAGAGAGCGGAAUCCGGUAGUGAGAAUAAAAGCGGCGCACAGCGCUUUGGAGCAAAAUCCAGACUGUGCGCCGGCGUAUAUACUACUUGCUGAAGAAGAAUCGACGACGAUUCUGGAGGCUGAAAAGAUACUUAAACAGGCGUUAAAGGUCGCAGAGAAUAAUUAUCGAAAGUCUCAAAAUACCCAGCACCAGGGAUCGGUGGCUGAGGCGAUGCACAGGAGAGACACCAAUGUUUUGAUUUAUAUAAAAAGACGCUUAGCUAUGUGCGCCAGAAAAUUGGGUAAACUGAAAGAGGCGGUCAAGAUGUUCAGAGAUCUCACAAAGGAAGUACCUCCGAUAAUGAACGUACUCAAUAUUCACGAGAAUCUAAUCGAAGCUCUGUUAGAAAUGCAGGCGUACGCCGAUGUUCAAGCGGUGCUAGCAAAGUACGACGAUAUUAGUCUACCAAAAUCUGCCACCAUUUGCUACACUGCGGCUUUGCUGAAAGCCAGGCUUGUAGCGGAUAAAUUUUCACCGGACAUAGCAAGCAAGAGGGGAUUAACGACGGCAGAAAUGACUGCAGUCGAAGCGAUUCACAGAGCAGUCGAAUUCAAUCCACACGUUCCAAAAUAUUUGCUAGAAAUGAAGCCCCUCAUUUUACCACCCGAACAUGUACUAAAAAGAGGCGACUCUGAGGCUAUUGCCUACGCAUUUUUCCACAUUGCGCACUGGAAACAGAUGGAAGGAGCUUUAAACUUAUUACACUGUACAUGGGAAGGCACAUUCAGAAUGUUACCUUACCCGUUGGAAAGGGGACAUUUGUUUUACCCUUAUCCAACUUGUACAGAAUGCGCGGAUAGGGAACUCCUGCCUUCCUUCCACGAUGUUAGUGUCUAUCCAAAAAAAGAAUUACCAUUCUUCAUUUUAUUCACAGCCGGCCUCUGUUCCUUUACAGCAUUGCUUGCCCUCCUAACUCAUCAGUAUCCAGACACGAUGGGUGUAGUCGCCCGUGCUAUGCUUGCAUGGCUCUCUCUUCCGUUUCAUUACAUGGUAGACAAGCUAGAGGCGGUCCUCCCUUCCAACUUACUGCAACAGCUCUCUAGAAUUUAAAACAGUUAUUAAUCGGUUUUUUUUUUUUUUUUUUUUUUUCUUCCUACAAUUAAGUCCUGAUGUGAUAUUUUUACAAUGCUAAAACAAUUAUUUCUUUUUCUUUUACUUCUUUUUCUUCCUUCUUAUAUUCAUCAUUUUCCCCGCAGAAAUGCAAAUUUUCCCACUAUUUAUAAUUAAUAUUUGUUCAUUUAAUAUUGUAAGAGUCAAUUAAACUUAAUAUUGUAAGAUUUAAAUGUACAAAUACAAUUGUCGAAUAUAAUUUAA